GUAGAUUUAAGUACAAAUACCGAAGAAGCAUCUACUUCAUCAGUACCAGAAACAGAAAAUGCAACUUCAACAGACGUGUCCAGUAAUCCUGGGUAUAAGGAAUUAAACGAGGAAGAAGAUGCAGACUCACUAGAUUUAGAUGUCGGUGCUAUUAUUGGCUCCUCAUUUGGCUGUGUCUUGGUUAUUACUGCUGCUGCUGUUAUCCUGGUUACAUAUAAAAGAAGGCGAACGAAUCAAGGAAUACGUCAGACUGACGUUGGAAAAGUACCCGAACACUCCAAUAACAUAACACUUAUUUCUGAUGAAGCAAGAGGUGGUGCUUACACAACAAUACAAGACAAUGCCACAAGAGGAGCCAGUGAAGAAAUCGAAAUGCAAAUUCCUCAAAAGAUUGUUUAUGAGUCAUUGGGUGAAAGAAACGAUGAGGAACACGGUUAUGGAACAGCAAAUACACACAGGAGUGCUUAUGAGUCACUGGGUGACAGACAUCAUGAGGAACACGGCUAUGGAACACCAAAUGCACAAAGGAGUACUUAUGAAUCAUUGGGUGAAAGACAUAAUGAGGAACACAGCUAUGGAGUAUCUGCCAAAGGAACAAGCGGAUUUUAUCAGUCAUUAGAAGAAGAACGGAUCGACACACACAAUUAUGAAAUCGCUGGACAGCCCAGGGAAAUAGCAUUUGACUCACCAGGAGAUAAAAUAAAAGAUACACACUGCGAUGGAACAUCAAGCCAAAAAGAUAAUAUCAAACUUUAUAAAUGGGUUGAGUAGACCUAUAAAUGUACGCAUGGACGGAUACAAUGCACUUACAAAUAAUAUAUAUUUAAGUUAAAGCAACUGUAUAUAGAUAUCUGUGACAAGCAUUUUUUUUUCAAUUCUUGCCCUGAAAAGAUAGAAUAGUCAGAAUAAUUUGUAUAGUUGAUGUAUUAACAAGUGACUGAGUACUGCAAUUGCAAUAUUGAAGUCCGCUACCAGUGAAAAAACAAUUUUAGUUGACCUUCAAAAGUGACCAUGACCUUUGACCGACAACUAUGUGUGAUGUGGAACAUUCCGUGAAGUACUAAAUAAUCCUUCAAUACAAAUAAAAGUAACGGAGCAGAAACAAAUAUUUACUUCACCUUGAACAGUGUCCUUGACCUCUAACCGACAAGCAUAGAUCGUGCGUUAAUGCAUUGUCUAAUCAUGGGCAACGUUUGUGUGUAGUGCUAAAAUAUUCUUCAAUGCAAUUAAAAGUAAUGGGGCAGAAACAAUUUUUACUUGACCUUUAAUAGUAUCCUUGACCUUUGACCUACAAGUGUGUGUCAUGUACGUGCUUAAUUUAUUACCCUCUAUACAAAUACAAAGUUUUAUUAAUCUUGCCUGAGUUUUUGCGUUAUCGCAGGAUCCAAAUUUGCGGACGGACAGACGGACCGAGGGCAUUCCUAUAGUCCCCCGGUGUAGGGGACUAAUAACGUAUAACAUAUUAAGCACAGGUAGCGGGCGAUUACCUUUUCAUUAAAUUAUUGUUAUAACAAUAAUUCCAUUGCUGUUAAACAUAAGAUUUGGGCGAAUUAUUAUUAAUUUGGGUUGAUUGCUGUCAUAGCUGGAUCUCAGAAUCACAAAUUAUAUCAUAUACAAUUGGUAAAGGUAACCAACCAUCUAUUAGAGCAAGUACUCGUUGUAAAAUGUACGAAUUUAGACCAAUCAGAAACAACAUCUAUACUUUUAUAAAUCACAGCAUGCUUCUUUAGAUAGUACAGGAGGGCUACAGUAUACAUAGAUAGACUAAUGAUAGUUAAAUCAGUCGGUAUCCAACGGUUGAUGUAGACACAUAGGGAAACUUAUAAUUUAUCCCUAUUCCUUGAUCAGAAAGUUAUGGC